UGGUAAGAGUUUGUUGGAGAUCAGAUGAGAAAAAUGGAAAUCGAGAAAGGAGCUAUUGUAGCUGUUGUUCCACCCGAAGAGACGAGAGAUGCUUAUAGAGUUGCUUACAUAAUCCACUUCUUGCUUGGUGCAGGCAACUUGCUCCCAUGGAAUGCAUUCAUCACAGCGAUUGAUUACUUCGGCUCUCUCUACCCGAACAAACACAUCGAAAGGGUCUUCUCCGUGGCUUACAUGAGUUCUUCGGUGAUGGUUCUGGUGGUGAUCAUGAGCCAAGGUGGCUGGAGCAGCAGGAUGAGUUGCAGGCUGAGGAUGAACUUAGGGUUCUCCCUCUUUGUUCUCUCCAUGAUGGUUGCUCCAACUCUGGACUGGAGCAGCAGAAAUGGCUCGAUGCCCACCGGAGCCUUUGGCAUGACUGUUGCAUCGGUUGUGGUUUGUGGAUUUGCAGAUGGAUUGAUUGCCGGUAGCUUGAUUGGUUCUGCUGGGAAGCUUCCCAAGCAGUACAUGCAGGCAGUUUUUGCAGGAACCGCCUCUUCAGGGGUUCUUGUCUCUAUCCUGAGGAUCACCACAAAGGCAAUGCUUCCCCAGACGCCUCAGGGUCUCCGAACGAGUGCACACUUCUACUUCAUUGUCAGCACCGUGAUCCUCCUCUGCUGCAUCUUCUUCUGUAACUUGCUGUACAAGUUACCAGUUAUGCAACACAACCACGACAAGCAUGAUGUCGUUGCUGGUGGCGAUGAUUCAAAGCCUAGAUUCUGGUCUGUGGCGAGGAAAAUCCAGCGGCCAGCUAUCAGUUUACUGACAAUCUAUCUCGUCACUCUCUCGAUCUUCCCAGGAUUCCUGGCAGAAGAUGUCAAGUCAAACCUGCUGAGUGACUGGUAUCCAGUUCUGUUGAUAACAAUAUACAAUGUGUCAGAUUUCAUAGGCAAAUCCGUGACAGCAACAUAUGUUAUGGAAAGCAUCAAGAAGGCCACCUGGGGUUGUUUCCUGAGGCUGCUGUUCUAUCCACUGUUUGCAGCCUGCCUCCAUGGUCCAACCAAGUGGCUGAGAUCAGAAGUUCCAGUUGUGGUUCUGACAUUCAUGCUCCGCGUAACGAAUGGCUACUUGACAAGUGUCCUGAUGAUCCUUGCCCCGAAAUCGGUCCCAGGUUCCGAGUCUGAGCUGGCUGCAAUUGUGAUGGUUGUGUUUCUAGGGAUCGGGUUAGUCUCUGGAUCUGUUCUGGGGUGGUUCUGGAUCAUAUGAAAAAGCUCCAUUUCCAAGAAGAAUUUCACAUGUGCUGCUUUGAUCUGCAGAAAAAAAAGUUCAGAGCACCCAGACAGCAGCACAUUGUUUGUAAUCCUUUCUUAAUCAGCUGCAAUUAUCUUUCAUCAUCCAACUUAUCUUAAUUAGCAAGAAAACAAAUGGGUUUUCCCAUUCAGUGAAAGAAGUGAUCCUAACUUCCCAUAAGGAGAUAUUCAUGGUACACCCAGGUGCAACAUGGAGCUCCAUGUUAAUCAACUUGCCUUACCAAAGGACACAUCAAUAAUUGAACCCUAUUUCCCUAUACAGGCCAAAAAUAAAAGGGUACGAAGAAAACUCCAAAAGCAGCAGCAGCAGCAGCUUGUGGAAGCGGGAUGGGUGCACUGAACAUUAGGAGGUUUUGUCAACAGCAGCAAUCACAUGUAUGUAUGGACCAUCUUCCAGCUUUAAAAGCACUCAAGAUAAGAAAAGGAAUGGGCAACA